AUGAAAUCAUCCUCCCGUUGCUCAGCUCCAAAUGCUACGACAUAUCUGCGUUCCGAAGGGACUCGUCUCAUGGAAUUCUCCACAAAAGUCUUGAAAGAUGUGACGUUGAACGAGUGUGCAAAUGCUUGUUCUAACUCGUUGGCGGCCGAAGAAUGUCUUUCAUUCGAAUACGACGCCUCGAUUCUUCAAUGCUCACACCAUUCAGACGAUGGUCAGCCUUUUGGAGCAUCGGUUCUAGCAAAAGCAUCACAAACGAUAUCGUUCUUUCAACAGAUUUGUUUAUUGGAAGAAGCGGUCUGCAACGCCCCAUAUUCAUUCGAACGCUAUCCUCAAUCUGUUCUCAUCGGUCAUGCAAUGAAAGUGAUUACGGUAGACGGUCUCUCUGACUGUCUCUCAAAAUGUGCAUUAUCCCAAAAAACGUACAAUUUUCUGUGCAAAUCUGCAAUUUACUACUAUGAAACUGGAGAAUGUAUUAUGAAUCGAGACAGCAAAUUCAUCUAUCCAAAACUGUUCAGGACGAAUAUUUUGGACACUUUGGUCGAUUAUUUUGAGAAUAAUUGUGCGGAUGUUUCCUGUCGCUCAUCAGAAACCCUUCAUUGGGUCCGUACCGAAGAAUAUUUGAUCGACGAAUCCAAGGACGUCAUCGUGGAAAGCUCAGAUGCUCAAGAAUGCAAUCAGUUGUGCCAAUCCAACAAAAUCGGAGAGGAACGAUUUCCGUGUAAAGCGUUCGCUUAUAGUAAUUCCAAACAGGAGUGUCAUUUGACAGCGGAAAGUAGUUACGUGGGACACAGUACGUUUUCUUUGAGAGAUUUGAUAUCUAACAGAUAUGGUUCAGAAGGCGACAAGAGAUUCAAUUUGGCACCAUUGAAUAGUGGAGAGUAUUUUGAAAAGUAUUGUUUGCCAACAAAUCUGCAAUGCAUAGAAGCAAGUUUCGAACUGGUUGCCAAUCGAAUGAUGACGAGUGCCUACAAAACGAUUUCAGCACUUUCUCAACACGAAUGUUUGAGUCAGUGCAUGAAGGAUGGAGCAAGAUGUUCAAGUGCCACUUAUUUUUAUAUGGAUGACGAAUGCCAACUAUCCGACAUAUCCCAAUUCUCAAGACCCAACGAAUUCGUAGUGGCCAACUUCACAGAUUAUUUUGAUAAAAUCUGUGAUCCCACAGACCCCAAAAUAAUGAUAACCACACCUGAAACACCACCGGAACUAAUUCAAAAUAGUGUGGAUGAGCCAGAAACAACAUCCCAGAAGAGUGUUGCUCAAGGAGCCGCCAAUUUCGAAGUGUCCACAACAGGAAACAGUGUAGAAUUUGAAGAUGACAAUCUUCUAAAGGAUAAUCAAGCGAUAGAAGCAGUUCAUGGAGUGACGACUACUACGAAUCUAGGAGAUCGAAGAGAAACGAAAGCAGAAGUCGAAGGAACAGUGAUAGAUGAUGCUGAUGAUUUCUCCCGAGAGAUUGAAGAUUCUAGGGAGAAAUCUCCACUGACGUCUUCUGAAGAAUCAGAGGGACGAGUGAAGGCAAGAUUGUCAACCGAAUGUCGAAUGUCUGGGAUUUCAGUGGCGAUUAAGUUUGCGGCACCAACGUCAGGGACUAUUUAUAUCAAGGAUCACUUCUCGAGUUGCCGUCAACCAUUCUCCAAUUCCACUUUUGCCGAAUUACAUAUUCCAUUUCCAACAGAAGACGACUCAAAAUGCGGAGGAAUUGAAUCAGAACCACACAAAUGGGAAUAUAAUGUGGUUGUGGAGAGAAACGAUAUGAAGACACCAUCAUUGGUGACAACAAAGGAUAAAACAUUCCAAGUGACGUGUGAUUUUUCAAAAAUUGCAGACAAGAAUCAGUUGGCUGCGUUGAAACCAAAAGUGGAAGGGGACUUGAAAAGUGAGAAAAUUCUGAUGGAGAUUGUCAGAAAUGGCCAAGCAGUCACAACGGUUCCGUUGGGAGCCGAAGUCUCGUUGAGGUGGACAGGUGAGGAUUUUUUAACUCAUCGAUCAUUCCGAAAAUCUUGGAUUCUUUAUAAACGAAUGUAUUGCCGAACGUGUCGGAGGUCAACCACCCCAUCCGGAACCUCUCAAGAUCAUUUAUCAAGGGUAACCAAAUUUAAAAAAAAACUUUUUUCAACUCCAAUUUUUUCCAGAUGCCCAGAAGAAAAAGUUCGCAACCGCCUUCUCCACGACCCAGUUGUCAAAAAAGACGACGUUUAUUCGACUAAAAUGAAAGUUUUCCGAUUCGAUGGAUCCCGCAGAGUUCGAAUAAAAUGUUCGAUAGAUGUCUGUGUGGAGACUUGUCCCCCGGUUAGUUUUUACAAAAAAUUUUAA